AUGUCGACGCGCUAUACUAACGCUGUAGUCAACGGUACACUUGAGGCCGCCUUCACGUACAAGAAAUUUGAUGGUAUCAAGAGGAUCUCUGUACCUCCGCACUUUGCGGGCCUGGAACAGGACGAUGUCAUCUCCAGAGAGUGGCUUCAGAAGAUGGAAGAUUGGCAGCACAAGCUCGACUCAAGCAUCAAUUGA